AUGAUUGCUGUGAAUAAUAAACUCUCAUUUUCACAAGACACAUUUGUCAAAAUUCGAGAGAUUUCCCAUUAUUUCCAUCCAUUUCAUCGGAAGAUGAAACUGUCGUUGAAAUCAGGUAAACACGCUACUCUUUCAACACAAUAAUGAAUGUUUUGGAUUACUACUAGAUAUCAAAAGUUACUCACCCAUUAGAGAUAAUUCAUAAGUUUGAAUCAAUCCGAGGAAAUCAAUGAUUUCUAACUUCACCAGAGUAUGGUUUCAGUGCUUUUGAAUACAGAAUCUGAUAUUUUGGAUGUACUACAAAAAGAUGGACACAUUGGGCCCCGUAAAGGAGAAAAUGCCGACAGCACCAAGGUGAUCCCUAACUGGAAACAGAGGGUGAAAGCUGGUUUACUGCUGGCUAGCUCAUUCCUGUUCGUCAUUUACCAAGGCUCUCUAGCAUUAUCAGCCACCAUUCUUCUUGUUCAGUUUAUGUGUUACAAGGAAAUACUCACCAUAGGUUAUACGAUUAACAAUAAUCCGCGUCUUCCAAAGUUCAGGAUGACAGUAUGGUAUUUCUUCAUUGUUUGGAACUACACCCUCAUCGGAGAAUCGUUAGGAGAACAGUUCAGGACAGUUUUGCACAAGAACCUACUUUUAUCUGUCAUUUUCGAUCACAGCAGGUUUAAAGGAUUCUGUUUAUAUUUCGCAGGAAUUGUUUUGUUUGUUCUGAGUUUGGCGGGGAAAUACGACAUAAAGAGAUUCAGAUUGCUAGCAAUCGUACAUGUCAUACUGGUUGUCAUUACAUUGCCCACGUAUCUUUUGAUGAAAUGUUCUUUAGAGGGAAUGGUUUGGGCUGUCGUUCCGUUGAGCUCUGUAUGUUUGAAUGAUAUAUUUGCCUAUGUUUUCGGAAAGCUCAUGGGAAAAACUCCUUUGAUCCUGGUUUCUCCCAACAAGACGUGGGAAGGUUUCAUUGGAGGGGUAGUGGGGACCAUUUUUUCUACCAUUGCUCUCUCCUCCGUUUUAUGCAAUUUCAAACAUUUCAUAUGUCCUACAGAAUAUAAUGAAAUAUCUGAAGUUAUCGGAAUAAAUACCAACUGUACGCCUUCGUUUCCUUUCGAACCAAAUGAGUAUAAUCUCGUGCCAGGAUUGAGCUUGAAAUUUAUGCCUUUUGUUCUCGAUUCUUUUUAUAUAGCCCUGUUUGCUAGUUUCAUUGCACCAUUUGCAGGAUUUUUCGCUUCAGGGUUCAAGAGAGCCUUCAAUAUGAAAGAUUUUAGCAACACAAUUCCUGGGCAUGGAGGCAUUAUAGAUAGAUUUGAUUGUCAGUUCCUAAUGGCUAUAUUCAUUUACGUGUAUAUGUCGACCUUUUUGAAAACAAGUAAAUUUAAAAAAUUGUACGGUAGAGUGAUGAAUUUGAACGAUCGUGAUCAGCUCGUAUUUUAUGAUUUGUUGAAAUCUUUUCUUGAGGAGAAACAUUUGUUAUGAGUAACGACUGUUGAAUAUUUAUUUGUUCAAUACUUUGAAUAUUCUGUUUAAUCGCUAAGAACUAUGUUAGAAAUAAAUAUGAAGAAUUA